AUAUCAAUCUGGCAACCCGUGAGUCCAGUCAGUCCAUUAGCACACGCUGUUAGCUUCUGUUCUAAACAGAGUUAAAUCAUCACUACAUUCAAUGUCACAUUAAAUAUUAAUUUAUUAAAAAUGACGGAUUAUGGAGAGGAGCAGAGAAACGAACUGGAGGCGAUAGAGUCUAUUUAUCCAGAUUCAUUCACAGUUUUAUCAGAAGAUCCGACCAGUUUCACCAUCACAGUUACAUCAGACCCAGGAGAGGAGACGGUGCAGGUAACGUUAAAGUUCACGUAUGUAGAGAAAUACCCAGAUGAGCCCCCACUGUGGGAGAUCCACACACAGGAGAACCUGGAGGAUUCAGAUACAGAGGAGAUCCUGAGCCUGUUACAGCAGCAGGCGGAGGAGAACCUGGGCAUGGUGAUGAUCUUCACACUGGUUACAGCAGUACAGGAGAAACUAAACGAGAUCGUGGAUCAGAUUAAGAUCAGGAGAGAAGAAGAGAACAGGAGGAAGGAACGAGAAGCAGAGGAAGCAGAGAAGAAAGCGUUUCAGGGGACUGUAGUAACGAUCGAGAACUUCUUGGUGUGGAAGGCUCAGUUUGAGAGAGAUAUGAAUGAACUGAAGAGAACAAAACAGAAAGAGGAAGAACAAGCUGGAAAAAAUAAACUCACAGGGAAGCAGUUGUUUGAAACAGACCAGAACUUGGACACGUCAGAUAUUCAGUUCCUGGAGGAAGCUGGAAACAGUGUAGAAGUGGACGAGUCUUUAUUCCAGGACAUGGACGACCUGGAGCUGGACGAGGAUGAUCCUGAUUUUGACCCGCUGGAUUUGGGCAGUGAUGAUGAUUAGUGUUUCAUAAUAAAUAAAAGUAAAAAAAAAACUUAUUUGAUUUAUUCCACUCUGGUCAGAAAGGAACAGGGCUGCGUUUCAAACUACAGCUUAUUUAUUACCCAGGAGACCUCUGGAGAGAAUCCUCCCUACCGUCUUUUAGCAGUCUCACUUGUUCUUCCCAUCUCUGUGUGGCUUUCCUCCAGGCUCUUCAGUUUUCUCCUGCCUUCCAAUAAUGCAGAAGGUGGAUUGGCUACUCUAAAUGGCCCUAGUUGAGAAUGUGUGAUUAAAGAACCAAAUGCUGCCUUUAUAUAAUAAA